AUGCCGGGCUUCUCUGAGUCCUUCUGGUCCAGCGACUACGCCGCAGGCCUGGGCGUCCUGUUCGGCAAACUUCAACAGGGAGUGAUGGAGAAUAGACAAAUGCUCACAAUCGCCAGAUUACGAGCCGAAGCUGAAGAAGGAUACGGUCAGCGGCUGGGAGAGAUUGUCCCUUCAACUGACAAGAUCACUGGUGGUUUUACCCGUGAUGAUGGCGCCACCGUGCGCAAGGCUUAUGACGGAGUACGAAGUGAGAUGCAAGCUGCCGCCCAAAACCACCUGCGCAUUGCGCAAAGCAUUCGCGAUCUCGUCGUAAACCCCUUUGGUCGUUGGUGCGAUGCGCACGAGUCCCGCAUACAAGACUCUCAGGACGAUCUCCAGGUCCGAAUCAAGACACACGAUAAGCAAGCCGAAGCCGUCAAGAAGCUCCGAUCUACAUACUUCAACAAAUGUCGUCUCGUCGAAGACUUGGAAGAAGAGAACAAGCUUGCCUUUCAAGAGCCGGAGAUUGCAAGCCCCAACCCAGGCCAGCCCAUUCCCGAGAUCAAGGUCCAGCCACACAAGGAAGAGGAGAAAGAGAACUACCAGGAUGAAGAAGUUUUCGAGAUUGGCGACGAAGCAUACCAAACUGAGCAGCUGAAGCCUAUCCUGGCGCAUAUGCUCUCUACUAUUAAGAUGGGGGAGACCAAAGUUCCAAUUCUCGGCACGUACAUCAACACGUCGGCUGGUUCUGACAUUGUUGAGUAUCUUCAGCGCAGCAUGGGAAGCACAAGCGUUAGCUAUGCCGAGCGUAUUGGCCAAGAUCUCAUCACUAACGGCUUCCUCCGCUUGAUUGGCAAUGUCGGCAGCACCUUUGCCAACAGUUCUAGACUCUUCUAUCAAUGGCGACCAAAGGCCUUCCGCCUGGCCGGAGUUCCCGAGAAGAAGCAAAACCUCAACCGUACCUUCUCUCUCCCAGUAGACUCCGUCGACUCUCCCGUCGUCGGCACGGUCAGCGAAUACCUUGAGAAGUGGAACGUUAUCAACACCUCCCAUCCUAACGAGACCCCUGCUGAAAGACUGCACCGCGAGGCCCGCGAGUCCGACGAACGAUACAAGGCUGGUAUUAGGAAGCUUGACGAGCUGCGCUGCGACUUGGAACAAGCAAUCUUCAUCCACCUCAAGUUUCUGGAGCAGUGCGAGCUCGACCGUCUAAAGGCCAUCAAGACUGUCGUUCUUGACUUUUCUGGCACAAUCAGCAACGUCAUUCCUAGCCUGCAGUCGACUGUAGAUAAGAUGAUGCUUUUCCAGGAGACCGUACAACCUCUGAACGAUUUGCGCUACCUAUUGGAGAACUACCGCACAGGCGGCUACUCUCCUCGAGUCGUUACGUAUGAGAACUACUACAACAAGAUCGAGAAUCAGGUAUUCGGUGUUGAUCUCGAGGCCCGCGCAAGAGCAGACAAGAAACGAGUUCCUGUCAUCGUCACCACCAUUCUGAUGUAUCUCGACCAGCACUACCCUGAUCUGGAAGGCGAUGAAGCUCGACGAGGCGUCUGGCUCGUUGAUGUCCCUCUUGGUAAGGUCCACAAGCUCCGGGCCAAAAUUAAUAAUGAGCCGGCUAUCACGCCUGCCGUGUUCGAUGAUGCCGACAUUCCCACAGUUGCUGGUCUUUUAAAACAGUAUCUUCUAGAGCUACCAGACUCUCUCGUAUCAUCUCACGUGUACGAAAUAGUUCGUACAAUCUACAGCAACACCGCUGUUGAUGCUACCGACGCAUCCCGUAUCUCUGUCCUACAGCAGACACUGUCGCAGCUUCGCCUCACUAACAUUGCCACUCUGGAUGCCUGUAUGAAUCACUUUACUCGCCUGAUCGACCUCACUUCCGCCGAUGAGGAUUAUGUUGUGUCACUGACCAGCACCAUGUCACGAUGCAUCCUGCGUCCCAAAACGGAAACCUCCCUGACUAUGGAGGAGAAGCAUGCUACCCGCCUCGUCCGCGAUUUGUUCAAUCACAAGGAUGCCAUCUUUAACGAGCUUAAGCGCAUGUCGACCCUCAGCCAUUCAUCGUCUAUUGGUGGUGGCGCUGGCCGUCCGCGCGCCAUUAGCACGGAUGAGAGUAAUCGCAAAGCUCUCGUCGAAGAACGCAACCGCGCCCUUCUCGAAAAGGCCACGGCGAGCCGCAGCCGCGCCACGAGCCCUGCUCCAGGUCUCCGCGGUCACCGCCGCGACCGCAGCUCUGGCGGUCCUGAGACACGCUUCCCUAUCCAGACAAGCCCUCAGAGUGACCGUCAGCGCACAAGCAUGGGUAGCCUCAAUGUGGCCAUGAAGCGCGCCAGUCUGGAGGUUCCAGGCGGCGACGACAGCCCUGAGUCCGCCAACGGCACAUCGCCCAUUACCGGGCACGAGAGAACAGAUUCCAAGGGCGGCGCCAAGUUCGUCGCUGGUCGACGUGUGCCCACCUCUCCCCCAGAUGAUGCCUCUCCUCGCGGCGUCUCUCUCGAGGAUAAACCCAUGGAAUCACCGCGCCGGGUAUCUCUAGCCGACGAGUCUCUGGAUGCGGCUCGUGGUGUAUCUCUCGAAGAUAAACCCAUGGACGAUUAG